GUCACAUAAAAUCUGAUGUUGUAGAAGCAGUCAGUAAGUUUUAAGUGUAUAGUUACAAUGUAUAUGGUUGUACUAAAGUCUGCUUUUUAAGAGCAGUUUGUAAGUUCCUAAGUUCAGUUACAACGAUGGUUGCAUGCUCGCCGUGAAGCCAGUUUUUAUUAAUCACCUUAUUCAAGAUAUUGGAGCUUUUACAAUGUUUGAUUUCCUGGGGUAUCGGAAAACAAAUGUGCUUUUAAUUGAAUAUAGGAAUUGAUACCAAACUCUCGCUGUUUGCGAAGACAGGCUUGACGUAUACUAUACUUUAUGAUAUGUGUGUUUAAGACCACGCAGAGACGGGGGUUUCUACGAGGACGAUCAAACGAUACAAGAAUUUCUCCUUCGGAUAUGCUAUCAGCUGCUAUUCAUGCUCAGAUACUGACUACAAAGGCGAGCCAAAUCGACAUAGCGUUUGUUACGAUGAACCAUCCACUGUAACUGUGAGGAAUUGCUUACCAAAUCAGUAUUGCCAAGUUCAGUUUACCUUGCAAGACGGUUUACCAACAAAUGUUCUUCGCGGCUGCGUUUCUCCCAGUUCAGAUCAGGAUGAUUUCAGCAGUAGCGCCAUGCCGGCUUCUGCGCAAUGUGUUACCUCACCUGUUCUUGCAGACACCACAACAGAAACAAACUGUUAUUACUCUUGUAACACUACGGACAACUGCAACAGUUUAAAAACAAAUAACUUAAAGACGUGUACAUCUAACUGUUCGUAUUCUAUUGGAGGCGGAUUCUGCGAUUAUUUUACCGGGAAAUGUCAAUGUAACACGGGUUACUCUGGAGUCGACUGCUCGGCUGUGAUGGCUAUAACGUACAGGAGCUGUGUUCAAUGUAAUAGUGAAACAGAUUCUGGUUGCGAGACCCGUAAGAGUGUCAAGCAGUGUCCAGGGAAUGACGAAUCCCUGCCGUAUUGCUCUGCCACUAAAACCAGCACCAUUGAUUCCGCUGGUAACAUUAUUCGGAACAUAGUCACCAGAGGCUGCACAUCCAGCUUCACUUCUGCAGAUGAGUGCUUCUUUUCAAAACCUAGUGAUUCUUCAUUAUCAAAUUACACAGAAUACACAUGCAUAUCAACAUGCGACACAAACGGAUGCAACACGGGAACGCCCGAUGGAAUCGUGGAUGCAACAGAAGACAAGGCUUUAUACUGUGUACAAUGUACUGGCCCCCAAGGAACUGGUUCGUGCCAAAGCAUGACCACCCCAACACGAUGCCCAUCUUCUACUUCCAAGUACUGUGUCUCCACUGUCGAAUACUAUAUUUCCGAAACAUCUGAUGGAAUGAACACUGGUCCCGUUCAGUACGAACUAAUAAACGAGGUCCGUGCAUGCUCGUCUGAAUCCGUAGCAAAAGGCUGCAGCGAGCCGAUGAACAUCAAUACACUUAGUGCAAAAAAGGUGACUUGCAAGGAGACCUGCACCACAAACGGUUGCAACAUCGGUUGGCCCGCUCGCCCAAGAUGCUCCAAGUGUGUCUCACAAUCGUACAGUUCAAGCUUUUCCAGCCCACCUGAUACUUACGAUGGUUAUGAUAGCUGCAUAUUUAACCCACCAUCCCCAGUCCAAUGUGAUUUUCCAUACCAACAAUACUGCGUAGCGUUCCACAACACAAAACAACUAGAUUCAACUGGAAAGUCCGGUUACACUGAAACAAUGAUGAGAGGAUGUAGUUAUCAAAACCAUGGUAAUGGCUGUACUGAUGUUGGCACUGCUAACGGGUUUGGUUACUCCUAUUACAGCUGUAACCGAACGUGUGAAACAUACGGCUGUAAUCGCGGUUUAAUAAACGCAUCGUCACGACCCAUUCAGAGUGUUAUUGCAACAUUGUCACCGGCAUUAGUGACGUUUCUGUUGCAACGACUUCUCACAAGUUUCUAAACCUACUAUCUCUAUAACAUUGUUCAAAAGACGAUCGUUUUGUAUUGAUGAAGUUAUCUCAGUUUGUUUUAACGAAUUCCCAACGACGUUGUUACACAGCAGAGGGUGCCGUUAAACCUUCUAGCGUUUUUACACUAAGAUUUUUAGCAGUAGCUGUAGCGUAGAAUUUUAUACACAAAAAAAUAAAUUAAUUUUCUUUUAAAAAUGAGUAUAGCGAUUUUUCUUGUUUGGUAUGCAGUAGCCGGUCGCCAACGUUUACCGCCAUGCGUGUAAAAAAAUACAAGUUUUACCACGCCGGGUAUACCUAUAGGCCACGCUCA